AUGAUCAUCAAACCUUUUGUCGGCUUGAUUCUUUUUGGCAUGAGCCUGCCGUCAGCCCAUGCUAUCAAAGAGCAAACGGACAUUGGGAACUUCACUGUGGCUUUGGUCCGGGCAUCACCCGUCAAUGUGCCAUACCCUCCACCUUCCAAUAAUUGGUAUGGUCAAAUGCACGACAUCAACGCGACCGUUGAUUUUGGCGUUAAGCUCAUUCAACGUGCGGCACUCUCUGGUGCAGACUUUGUAGCAUUUCCAGAGCUGUGGUUUCCAGGAUACAUCGAUGUUAACCCCGGCCCAAGCAAAAUGCUCGACAACUAUUUCAAUCAAACAAUUACCGUUAACGAUAACAACUGGAGGAAACUUGUUUCGGCCGCACGUCAGAACGGCGUUUGGCUAGAAUUCGGCUUUGCACAACACAUCAAUGACCAUAUCUACAUGGGUCAGGGCUUGAUUGACUCAGAUGGAAACAUCGUUCAAGUCCGUCAAAAGCUUCGUCCUUCUGGGAACGAGAGGACUAUAUUCAGCGACGGUACCAUUGACCAAUUGUUGGUCCACAAGACACCAUUCGGUAGAUUGGGGAUGCUAGAAUGCUGGGAACACAUGCAUCCGACAAUGACAUUUCCUGUGCACGCCCAAGUCGAAAAUAUCCACAUUGCUGCUUUCCCUUGGGCUCCAGACUUGGACGUUGAUACCGGUGUCACUCGGUCAGAAGUAUCAAUAGCAGCCGCUCGAUUAUACGCAGUCGUUGGGAGCUCUUAUGUGUUCAUGCCAGCAGUUGGCACUGCCGCUGUGAUUGCACCAAACGGAACCACGGUCGCCUCUAUCCAGGCAUCGGAUUGCGCCAACGAAACUCCUAUUCUAUAUCAUUCUAUCAACGCGACAGAAUUCAUCAGUAGUAAUCUGACCUACGAUACCACUGAAUACUCCUGGGCAGCGUUGCAGCAGGUUAAUGAUGCUUACCCAUCCUACAUCCCGAAGGAUGUCAAUAGCUCAUUCAUCAGCCAUCGGCUGAAUUCUAUUUCUGAGAUGAGGAGGUCUGGUCCCAUCAUGUCGUCUUGA